AUGUUGUUUCGGAGCGCGUUGUUGUUGUUCGUCGUACAGAAUGCCAUUGCGGAGCGCCACGAUGCCGAUUUAAUGUCCUUCGUGACGCUUCCCGAAGUCCGCGCCUUAAAAUGGGAGGUUACCCACUACGAUCGUGAACGCCAAGCCCCGGGGUACUGGUUUGUGGCGCCCUACGGCCAGAUUUGCCCCGGAGAACCCAACCCAGAAAUGCUCAUUUGGGCCGGCGCACCUUUAUACGACAAUCGCAAUGUCUUUGACUUUAAGCCGAAUUACAACGCGGACGGCGAGCCGUACCUGUCCAUGAUCGUCAAUUGGGACAUCGAGAACCAUAAUUCCGACAAGGGUCGCGGCGUGACCAUUAAUAAACAUUAUGAGGUGCAAGGAGAGACCAAGCCGGACGAAGCAGUCCACGAUUUCAACAUGCACGAGUACAACAUCUUGGACGGCGGAAAGACGGCCCUGACGUGUGUCUAUCGCUCGGAGAAGGUCAAUCUGGCAGACUUCGGUCGUCCAACGGAGGAGAGCUGGGUCCAGACCGGUGGAUUCGCCGAGUACGAUCUCGAGACCAACGAGAUGCUGGUCCAGUGGAACAGUGCCGACCACAUCGCACUGCACGAGUCGAACAUGUUCCAUUCGUACGACAGCGCUGCGGCGGACGAGCCUGGCUGGGACUAUGUGCAUGCUAACGCAGUCGACAAGAAUGCGGCUGGCGACUACAUUCUUUCCUUGCGCUUUACCGACACUAUCUAUGGAAUCUCCGGUGUCGACGGAAGCAUUAUGUGGCGGUUGGGUGGCCUGGAAAGUGAUUUCACGCAAGACUUCACGUUUUCCCGACAACACGACGCCAAGUUCGUUUCAUCUGAGGGUACCAAGCACGUUAUCUCUCUCCUCAACAACGCCGCUGACGAGCGCGGGAACCAAGAGAGUAUGUCCUCUGUUCUAUAUAUCGAACUUGACACCGAGACUAUGACCGCUGUCCUUCAAAAGCGCAUUAACCGCCCGGACAGCGGCUUCUCUCUCCUGCGUGGAAGCGCGCAGACUCUCCCGAACGGUAACACCUUUGCUGGCUGGAGCCAGUAUGGAUACCAGAGUGAACACUCCCCCGAGGGCGAUCUCUUGAUGACUGCCCAGUUUGCUUCGGAACGGUACUCGACUUACCGCGCUUACAAGGCAAGCGUGUACGGGACCAGCAACACCGACAUUACUACCAUCAUCCACGUCAGCUGGAACGGUGCCACCGGUGUUGCCGGCUGGAACUUCUAUGCUCAGGCUUACGACCGCGGCGAUCCCGUUCUGGUCGGACACGCCAACAAGACCGACUUCGAGACUAUGUACAUCGUCGACGGAUAUAUGGACUGGAUCACCGCCGAGGCCGUGGAUAUCAACGGCAAUGAAAUGAUGAAGUCGGGCAUCGUGCGCAGCGCAGUCCCCAGCAACUGGAAGGCCGUCGGGUUCCAGGGCGCAAGCAAUCCCAGCCCCGACGACCCAUCUCUCAUGUCAUCCAUCCACGAGAACCCUGACUUGGGCUCGGUACCUGACGGCGAGUCGGAUGUGGUCGAUGGCAGCAAGACAGUUGGCUCAGCCGUCUCGGAUUCCUCGUAUGCUGACGCAAAGGAGGUCGCCAAGUCCGUCUACAAGGCCUACGACGUGAUCCGUGGCGUCGGCGGCCUGCUGCUCCUGCUGCUGCUUGCGUCUUCUGUUGGCGGCGCAGGCUUCGCCAUCUACCGGUACGUAAAGGGCCGGAAGAACCGCGCUUACCAGCAUGUCGCCACCGACGAGGAUAUUCCUACCGAGGAGAUCCACCUGCGCUCUCAGGCACCUCAGUGA